AUGGGCCGCAAGCGCAACCGGCACAAGAACAAGGGCGCGAACGACCCCGCGUUCGACCCCGCGAACCCGAACAAGACGUCCAACUGGGGCGGGCUCGGGACCGCCGCGCCGACGCCGCUCGUCGCGUGCCAGCCCUCGGCCGACGGCGUCGGCGGCGCGCUCGUCGCCAUCGCGUACGGGUCGUCGUUCAGCGUGCACGACGCGAGCGCGGACGACGCGCUCGUGCCGCUGACGCACGCGAAGGACAACAUCGCGGAGGGCGCGGAGGCGACGGGACCGUGCGCGGACGGGCGAUGGCACGCGGAGACGAUCCGCGUGCUGCGAUUCGAUCCCACCGGGCGGUUCCUCGUCACCGGCGGCGACGACAAGAUCCUGCGUCUGUGGCGCGUGGUGGAGAAGAAACGAGAGCUCUCGAAUGAUGAUAACGGUGGCGAUGCGUCCGUUACGACGUCGUCGACCGUGACGAUGGAGUGCUACAAGAAGACGAAGAAGCAGCCGAAGAAGCUGUGCGGCGGCGACUUCACCGACGACGGCGAGUACGUGACGUUCGCGAACAAAUACGGAGACGUGCACAUCUGGCCGACGGCGGAGACCAUGUGCGACCGAGACCUCGCGGCGCCGCGUCUGAACGAGAAGGGCGACCCGGAGUACGAUAAGCACGCGCCCGCGUUCCUGUUGGGGCACUGCUGCUCGAUCAUAACGGACGUCUGCGCGCCGUUAGGGAGCCGGUAUAUUUGCACCGCGGAUCGCGAUCACAGGAUCCGAGUGAGCUACCUCCCGCGCACGGUCUCCCUCAUGGGCGGCUCGCACGAGAUUCAGAGCUUCUGCUUCGGGCACACCGCCUUCGUCGCGUGCGUCGCCGCGGUGGGCGGCGACAUGAUCGUCUCCGGCGGCGGCGACGGCACCGCGCGCCUGUGGCGCCUCGACGACGGCGAGCUCCUGAGCACGAUCGUCCUCGCCGAGCCGCACGACGACGACGACGAGACGCAGCUGGCGGCGCUGCUGCAGGAGGAGGAGCGGACCCGGGAGCGGAUCGUGGAGGAGGGUCGCGAGAUUUUCAAGGGGGGUGCCGAAGGGGGUGCCGAAGGCGUCGAGGCGUUCCCGGGAGACGACGAGAGGAUCGACCUGACGAAGCUGACCAAGGCAGAGCGCCUCAAGCUCAUGGACGAGGGCGUCAUCCCGCGGAUACCGACGCGCGCGCCCGCGGUGACCGCGAUCGCGUGCUCGAGAGACGGCUCCUCGAUCGUCGCCGCGGUGGAGGGCCGCGCGCAGCUCGCGGCGCUGACCGUCGAGGGCGCGUCGACGCCGACGCCGACGCUGACGCUGCGGGGGUGGACGCCGACGACGAUCUGCGGCGCCGAGCCGUCGGGCGCGACGCCGUCGUCGCUGUGCUUCCGCGGUGAGGGCGGCGCGACCGAGCUGUGGGUCGCCGCGGUCGCGAACGGGGAGGGCGCGCACGACGCGAACGCGGGCGUCGUCGUCGCGAUGACGGGCGAGGGGUUGAGAGAGGAGCGCGCGAUCGCGCGGAUGACGACGGCGGCGCCGAGGGAGCUCGAGGCUGGGUUGCCCGGCGUCGGCGACGCGAUGCGGCCGCGCGUGUACGAGAACAAGGAGAAGUUCGAGGAUCGGAAGAAGCUGCGGAACGAUCAGAAGCCGGAGAAGGGGGGGAAGCAGGCGAGGGAGGUCCGGGAGAUGGCGGCGAAGUGA